GUUUCUUUCUGCAACACUUAAUAUUCCUCUUUCUUUCCUUGUUUCGCUCAUGCUUCAAUAAUCCAACUUUUAUCUAUCCUUUAUCGUUCUGGUCUUCUGGAAAGGCUGUUUCUGAAAUAUCAUUCAUUCUCUAUCCAUUCUUUGACACAGCAUUCGACUUGCCAUAACCUACUUCUACCUCCUCACAAAAUCCUUACACCCACCAUCCCGAUAUCACACCCCGCUCAUAGAAAUUCAAACACAUUCAAACACAAUGAGCUCCAGCUCUACCACAGACUCCUACCACGCCUCCUACGCAUCAGACGAGGCAGAGUCAAACUUUCUCAGACGAGAUCGUUAUCUACGCGUAGUACGCCUCGGCCUCGCCGUCCUCAUCUUCUCGCUAGGUGUGUCCAUCAUCGGCUGCGAGGGCGCCCCGCUACACCACCACCGUCAGACGUCCGUUUACCAGCAAGCCUGGCUGCCUCUGUGGCCGCUGAACCUUGACAUCCGUCCCACGAUAGCGAUAUUAGCUUGUGGGUGUGUCGUUGCGGCCUUAAACUUGGUUUACAUUGUAGUGGCGCUUCUUCCGUCGCCCCACUCAAACAUAAAACGCCUCAACCUCCUCGCAUCAGCAACUUCUAUCGCAGGUUUCUCAGCAGCACUCAUAACCCUCCUCUUCACAAUCUACCUUCCCAACUCCACCCAACCCAACGGGUUCACUUCAUCGGAGACUCUCUACUCAUGGACAUGCAAGUGGAAGACUGUCCGCGGCAGCCCAUCCAAAAUCCCCGCAGCUGCGCAUUUCGGGCGCGAUUGCGCGGCUAGCCGUGCCGGACUGAUCCUUCUGGGUGUGCUUUUGGGGCUCGAGGUCGUGAAGGGCGCUGUUGCUGCUGUGGGGGCUUGGUGUGGGUGGAGGGUGGCGAGACAGCGCGGGGCGCAGCUUACGCAGGCGAAGAUUGAGUUGGUAGGGAAGUAUCCGGGGGUGUGA